GUGUGUGCGUAGAGCUUCAUGUCAAACACUACAAGACAAGCAUAGCCGGCAGGUGCCUCUUGCAAUUUUAUUUUCUAAACGCAUUUAUUCGUCAGCGGACUACAACAGCGUCUGGACCGAUAUGGCGACGGAUAUAACUAAAGGUGUGGACCAAGUGUCGGUUGGUGAACUAUAUGUGUCGGACAAAUGUGGCAACGACCAGGAUGGAGAUGGCUCUGAGCAGAAACCCUUCAAGACUUCUCUCAAGGCUCUGCUCUUCACUGGCCAAGAACCAUUCCCUACAAUCUAUGUAGACACACAGAAAGAGGAAGAGCGUUGGGUAGUGAUCUCCAAGACGCAGAUGAAGAAUGCAAAGAAAGCUUUUAACCGUGAACAGGCCAAGAAUGAGUCCAAAGAAAAGAAGGAGGCGGAAGACAGUGAGAGGAGAGAGAAGAACCUGGAGGAAGCCAAGACAAUCAUUAUUGAAAAGGACCCCACUUUGUCCGAAGCGGAAACGGUAAAAAUCAGUCAUCUGGGACCAAAGAGAGGUCAAAAAGUAAAAGUGUUUGGAUGGGUUCAUCGGCUUAGGAGACAAGGGAAAAAUUUGAUGUUUAUCGUGCUGAGAGAUGGCACUGGUUUCCUGCAGUGUGUCCUGUCUGAUAAACUGUGUCAGUGCUAUAAUGGCUUAGUGUUGUCUACCGAGAGCAGUGUAGCACUUUAUGGGACGGUGACUCCAGUUCCCAAAGGAAAACAGGCACCUGGAGGCCACGAGCUCCACUGCGACUUCUGGGAGCUGAUUGGCCUGGCACCAGCAGGCGGGGCCGACAACCUCCUGAACGAAGAGUCUGACGUGGACGUCCAACUUAACAACCGACACAUGAUGAUCAGAGGAGAGAACGUAUCCAAGGUCCUCAGAGUCCGAUCCAUGGUCACACAGUGCUUCAGGGACCACUUCUUCAGCCGUGGUUACUACGAGGUCUUUCCUCCGACUUUAGUGCAGACUCAGGUGGAGGGCGGAUCCACACUGUUUAAUCUCAACUACUUUGGUGAGCAGGCUUACCUGACACAGUCCUCCCAGCUUUACCUGGAGACAUGCAUACCUGCACUGGGCGACAGCUUCUGCAUUGCUCUGUCAUACCGAGCUGAGCAGUCCCGCACCCGUAGACACCUCUCAGAGUACACUCACGUUGAAGCGGAGUGUCCCUUCAUAACCUUUGACAACCUGCUGGAGAGACUGGAGGACUUGGUGUGUGAUGUUGUGGACCGAGUUCUAAAAUCCCCAGCUGCACAACUACUCUAUGACAUCAACCCGGAGUUCAAACCCCCUAAAAGGCCAUUCAAGAGAAUGAACUACUCUGAUGCCAUCAAAUGGCUCAAAGAACACGACGUGAAGAAGGAUGAUGGCACCUACUAUGAGUUUGGAGAGGACAUCCCCGAAGCCCCCGAGAGGCUGAUGACAGACGCCAUCAAUGAAACCAUUCUGCUUUGUCGUUUCCCAGUCGAGAUAAAGUCCUUCUACAUGCAGCGCUGCGCUGAGGACAGACGGCUCACUGAGUCGGUUGACGUUUUAAUGCCAAACGUGGGUGAGAUUGUAGGAGGUUCAAUGCGUAUCUGGGAUUCUGAGGAGCUGUUGGCGGGCUACAAGAGGGAGGGCAUCGACCCAACCCCGUACUACUGGUACACUGAUCAGAGGAAAUACGGCACGUGUCCUCAUGGUGGUUAUGGCCUCGGUCUUGAGCGUUUCCUCACUUGGCUGCUGAACAGGCACCACAUCAGAGACGUGUGCCUUUACCCAAGAUUCAUCCAACGCUGCCGGCCCUAAAUACAAAACAUACACACACAAAACACCUGUGGAACCAUCACUUACUUAAACUGCAAUAUUGAAUCAUUUACAGUGGAAAUUUACAUUUGUUCAAUGUUUUUUUUUCUGUUUUCAGCUUCAUUUCUCAGGUCCAAAUCACACCAAGUUUUUCACCGCAUGGUGCUCAGCCACCAUUCUGAUUAUGUCCCCUCAUUAGUGCAGUCACUUCAGCUUUUUCACGUCCACUUGUGUUCUCGAAAACGAACACUUUUUCUGUAAUUGUGAAGUACUGCAUACGCUUGAUUGUUUCCUGCCUUAAAUGUAGUCUUUCUAGCUCUGUCUACGCUAUGACUGAAGCUUAGCAAAUUCUCUAUCAUAGGGUUAGUAAUAAGUGGCAACAUUGCUGUUUUUAUUUUAUUUUUUUGUGCAAUUGAUACUCCCAUUUUACUCUCCUGUCCAAAUUCCCUAGGAGGAAAAGAUGUCUGAUUUUCUUUUGCCUGUGGGUUGUUAACUGAACAAAUGUCUGGUUUUGAUUUAAGAACAUUGUCGGAGGAGGUGUAGCCUUCCAUGAGGAGAGGACAAGGCAAGAAAAUACACAUGCACAUGGGUAUUGAUGAUGCCAAUGUGUUUUUACAGUUGGGUAAAACUUCAAAUCAACAGUCACAUUGGCAGUGUGCUGCAGAACAUCUGACUACGGUCUUGCAAGGAAAUGAACUAAAGCCUUUGCUCCUAUUUGUGCAUCAGUUGAUUGCGGUUAUGUACGUGUCAUCAAAUGUUUGUUGUUUUUUAAUUUUGUUAUCUGAGAAAAUUGGAAAACACAACACCAAUAAAACAAAACAAACAAAUGAUUAAUCUUAAGAUUUGGUAUGUUUUUUUAAAAUCAGGUUCUCUUUGUCUGCUUGCACAGAGAAAUGACUGAAGCAGCUUUGGUUAUUUAAAACAUUCUAUUGUAAAUUUGUCUUUAAACAAUUCAAAUAAAACAUGUUAAUGUCA